CGCGAAAACGAGGCAUCCUUUGAAGGUCGCCAUUUUGACUUGUACAGAAGUUCACUGCGUAAUAAAUAUUGGAAGUUUUACGCUGAUUUACAAACAGGAUGAGCUUCCUAUUCGGUGGCCGUUCGACAAAAACCUUUAAACCCAAGAAAAACAUUCCCGAAGGGACUCACCAAUAUGAUUUGAUGAAACACGCCGCCGCAACUCUUGGAAGCGGAAACCUUCGUCUUGCGGUUAUGUUACCUGAAGGAGAAGACCUUAACGAAUGGGUGGCUGUAAAUACUGUGGAUUUCUUCAAUCAAAUCAAUAUGUUAUAUGGAACGAUAACAGAGUUCUGUACUGUCGAGUCUUGUGCUGUCAUGUCUGCUGGUCCAAAGUAUGAAUACCAUUGGGCAGAUGGAACAACAAUCAAAAAACCGAUUAAAUGUUCAGCUCCAAAAUACAUUGAUUACCUUAUGACAUGGGUUCAGGAUCAGCUAGAUGAUGAGACCCUCUUUCCUUCAAAAAUAGGUGUUCCAUUCCCAAAGAACUUUUUGUCCAUUGCCAAGACAAUCCUCAAACGACUGUUCAGGGUGUAUGCACACAUAUACCACCAACACUUCCUCCAUAUUGUAGGACUUGGUGAAGAGGCGCAUCUAAACACUUCCUUCAAGCAUUUCAUGUUCUUUGUUCAAGAGUUUGGUCUUGUUGACAAAAGAGAGCUUGCACCACUUCAGGAACUUAUAGAAAAACUCACAAACAAGGAUAAAGUUUAGUUGUCUUUCACUUUGUGUGACAAAAUGUUUUGGUAGUGUAUAUUUGUAAAAACUCUGAUUUGGUGUUAGGGCAAACUUAGCUUUUCAUGGUAACACAUUUGGUGUUACCUAAUAAUCUUCUUUAGUUUAUGGCAGGAAGCUAAGAAGCUUAAAUCAGUAAUUUUCAUGGUGGAAAAAUGUAAAAUUUAAGUCCAAAAAAAUUAAUUGCUAAUUGUUUCAUUUCUGCAUUCACUUAUACAUGUAUCAUGCUGAAUGUCAACAUAAGUUUUAAGUCAAAUUGCAAAGAGUUGUUUCAGAUGAAGUUUAGUCUUAAUAUCUAAAUAUCUAUUCUCAGUUCUGUCUGUCAUUUAUUUUCCAUAGCUGGAGAGUUUUCUUUAGGUACUUGAAUGCAGUUUAUGUUAUUGCAAACUGAAUGUUAGCACUGUUUCUUUAUUUGAUAUGCAAUCAGUGUUAUUAACAGAUACCAUUAGAUUAAUUUUAUGUGUAAUUACAGUUAGAGCAAUUUAAGAUAAUCCCAGUAGUGCUACACAUUUCAAUAACAUACAAGCUUAGGAGGUUGUAGAUUCAA